AUGUCAAGUACGUCGGCCAAGCGCGCCCAUCCCAAGUACAGCGAGAUGGUCGCCGCCGCCCUCAGGGCCCUCAAGGAGCGCAACGGGUCCUCCCGCCAAGUCAUCCUCAGGUUCAUCCUCGCUUCCUUCCAGGUCGGAGACGAGAAGGCCGCCGGCGUGCACCUGAAGCAGGCGCUGAGGAGGGGCGUUGCCGACGGGUCCCUGCAGCAGACCAAGGGCACCGGCGCCUCCGGCUCCUUCAGACUUUCCGAGGAGGAGCUGAAGAAAGUUGUGCCUAGGAAGGACUCCGCCAAGAAGAAGACUGCAACAAAGAAACCCGGCGCUAAGACUGCAACAAAGAAACCCGGCGCUAAGACUGCAACAAAGAAAGCCAGCGCGAAGAAGGAAUCACUGAAGAAAACCACAAAGGAAAAGGUUCCGACAAAGAAAGCUUCCUCCAAGGAGGAGCUGAAGAAGGCUGCGUCCAAGAAGGGCUCGGCCAAGAUGACGAAGAACGAGAAGACUAAGGGAAACGUGACGGCAAAGAAACCCAGCGCUAAAUCUGCAACAAAGAGACCUAUCUCGAAGACUCCAAAGAAACCCAUCGCAAAGAGCACUCCAAAAAACGAAGCAUCAAAGAAACCAACAUCAAGGAAGGCGACAGCAAAGAAACAGACUGUCCAGGAAACAACAACUGCCACAAAGAAAGUCCCCACUAAGACUGCCACAAAGAAAGUCCCCACUAAGACUGUCACAAAGAAAGUCCCCUCUAAGACUGUCACAAAGAAAGUCUCCACUAACACUGCAACAAAUAAAGCCAGCGGAAAGAGCACGCUAAAGAAUGGAGCAACAAAGAAGGCGACGGAAAAGAAACAGACUCAAUAA